ACUAUUAUCACCAUCGCGCCCGACGAAGCUUUCUUUUGCUUUUGUUUCAUAUGCUUCAAAGUUCUUUAGAGCGAGCUAGAGAGAGAGCACACAAAAAAAAAACUAGAGACUUUGGUCCCGCAUCUUGGAUAUGUCUAGUGGGUGGGUCAAAUCGUGGCAGUGUAAGUCGAAAGCUUUCGAUGAUGUUUACAAUCCGAAUCCGAUACAUCUAAUGUCAAGCUACAGUUGCAGAAGAAGCACACAGAACCUAAAAGACGUGAUCAACACUAAAAAAACCAAACCCAAACCCAAACCCAAAAAACAAGAAUCCGACCCGGUUUCAAGCCCUUCGACACGGAUUCGAUCAUCUGUAGUUCGUGACCCGCUUUUGCCGACACUAACAGAGCUUGCGGAGGGGCAUCAGUCUCGUAACGUGGUGGAGAUUAUUUUCCAGACAAGCUGGGGCCCGAAACCGUUUCCGGGUCGGAUCGAUAUGAUCUUCAAAGUGCAAAACGGGUCAAAGACUAUGACCCGGUUCGAGGAGUAUCGUGAAGCCGUGAAGACUAAAAGCGUCGGGAAAUCGCGUGAGGACAACGCGCGUUCGGUCGCCGACGGGAACGAGACGAUGAGGUUUUACUGUUUGGGUCCGAGUUACGGCGGUGGCGCGUGGGGAAUUCUCGGAGGAAAAGGUGGCGGCGCGUCGAUAUAUACAUUCGCCGGGAGUUGCAUGGCGCAUGAAAAGGCGGGUGGAGGUAAAGGGAGGAAGGCGAUGCUUGUUUGCCGGGUUAUAGCGGGACGAGUCAUGAAGCGAAACGAGUUAAGGUACGACUCGGUUGACUCGGACGUUCGAUCUCGGUUUGACUCACUGAGUGGUGGCGACGGCGAGCUGCUCGUGUUCGAUACACGUGCAGUACUGCCUUGUUUUCUCAUAGUCUACCGCCUGUAAAAAUACGCAGUUUUAUUUUAUUUUUCUAACUUUUGACAAUUGUAAUUUCAUUUAUCAACGCGAUUUUCUCCUAAUUGUUAGGGAAUUUGUUUUCCGAUGUAUAAUUUGGUAAAAAUUGUGAUGAUAAAUGUUAAUUAAUUUUGUUUACAAAAAAAAUGAAACGAGAGUUUUUCUUAAUUAAUGCGAUUACAUACUGAAUCUUUCUGAGAUUAAAUACUGAAUAAUAUGAAAAUAAAUACUGAAUGUUAUGGUUCAUUGGCUUUUACAAUGUCAUAAAUAGAUAUUAUCACGAAGCCAAUUGUUAUUUUUAAUACAGUUGGGUGUUUAGAUACACGUACAUUCAAUGCUUUACAUCUAUAGUAAAUCUUUGUUUCACUAAAAUCUCUAUACGUUACUUUCACAGCUACCUUCCUUAAAUGUGAAAACUGAACACUAUAGUUGGAAAUUUCAAAAUUUGUAACUUUUGUUAAUACUGUUUAAAAAUAAACUUUUUCAAAUUUUCACUGAGUAUUUCAAGAAAGAAUAAUCAGUGUAAACUGUAAAGUGGUUCCGUUUAAAGAGCAUUUGUAAAAGAUUUAAAGUGAAAAAAAAGAAGAGAAUUUUUCAAAAAAAAAAGAAGAAGAAGAGAAAAAGAGCAAAUUUUGAAAAAGAAAUCAUGAAAGUUUUAUUUGAGGCACAUGGACAAUUACAUUGGUGAAACUCGAAGAACACGAGAGGCCUGCCGUAAAGAAAAAGACGAGUAUCUGAGGGUCAACAAGCACGUUAAGACCCAUUAGGCCCAUCAAUUCAUUUUCGAUCAUAUUCAUUUAUAUGAAAGCAUAAAAGGCUAAAACAAAAGAAGAUGACAUGCCUAUUUCUUCACCACUUUACCCAUUAGGCCCAUUAAUUGAUUUUCGAUCAUAUUCAUUUAUAUUAUAUUUUCUUUUACCAACUAAUCAUAUUUCAUAUGUUCAAUGAGAAUUUGAAGAUCAUAGACUGAAAAGCUUUCUCCUCUACCUUUCACGCCGUUAAAUGCUAAAACCCAAUGUCAAGGCUAGGCAGAUUUUUACUUCAAACGUUUCUAAAAGCAUCAAUGUCAUUGUAGUGGUCCUAGUGGACAUUUCGUAAUUGGUAUUAUGCACAAAAGAUACAGUAACCCCCCGUUAAUAUAUUAAACCCAACUUAUAUUGGGCCUGAGCUUA